AUGACUGACGAAAUGUAUGUGUCUCUACCUCGGGCGGGUGUUUCAUGUUCGUUUUCAGUGGUUCUGGCUUAAGGAAUACCAAAUUUGACAUUCGUCAGACAUUUCCAAGGCUUCAGCGACUAGGACAAAAAUUAAAAAAUGUAAGCUUAAUAGGUUUGAAACAUUGUAAUAGUUAUAGUUAGUAAAAAAGGACUCAAAUUUGACUGAGAAGACUCUUCAGCAAGCACACGGAUACUACAUUUGUCGUAAGUAGGAAAGGGAUUAGAAUGAGGAUUGCAGGAUUUCUUGGCUUCUAUCACACCGAUCCCGAAUCCCGUCCUCUUCAGGGGAAUAUUGUUGUAUCCGACGAUUGCCUCGCUUUCUACCCCAAAGAGGAGCACUUUAAAUUAAUUAUUCCUUUCGAUCAGAUUGAGUGCAUCUCUACAUCAGACCAUCUGGGAAUCAAGAGUGCUCUACAGGUAGAUCCGAGAUUUCUAAUUUCCCAAAAAAGUCUAGCUCUACAAAACGGAUGGCUCUGUGUUGUUCUUCAGCAAAAUUAUAGACCAAAAAAAGGCUUUUGAAGUGCUGUACAAUGUCUGGCGAAGUAAUCAAAAUUCGGGAUUUGAAAAUGAGGUAAGCCUGGAUAAUUGAAUUAGAAUGCGAGACAUUUGAAAUUAAUUGGAUAGCAAGGGUCGGUUGCAUGUGUAUUCCCAAAAAGGUGGACCGUGGAGCUCGCGAGUCGGAUGAGGAUAGCACCUCAUCCUCAGAAGGUCCCCGUAUAAUGUCCGGAAUGAGUAAUUCCAAGACCGUUCUAGAGAAUACGAAGGUAGGCUGGGUAGAGCCCUAGAGAGUAACGGACAAGUCCUGCGGGACAGCAAAUUUUGGGGGGCUUGGCCUUUGUGGACGGGGACUGGGCUCUUUCUCCCACUGGCUACGAAAUGUUUUAUUGAUUGCGCACUCUUCGUUGGGAACAGCUGUCUUUAAGGUUGUCACAACUGCUUCCACAGCCACCACGGACACCGUUAGCCUCAACCAGGCGACGCUUCCUGGAACUAGUAAUGGUAAUUUCUUCCUCAAAUACAUAAACUAUUUGAGAAUCUCUAUUAAAAAAAUUUAGCCCGUAAAGAGCCCGCGGAUUGUGAUUGUGGAGAACAUAAAGGGACCGUAUUCGUUGACAAGAUUUAUGCUUUGGAAGUGGAUGAAUUGUAUCAACUAUUGUUUACCGAAAACGAAUCUCUUCUCAAUUUCCUCAAGACGGCCAAACGAUCAGGUACCGGGAAUAUUCUUGUAUACGUCUCCUUUUAGAUCUCCGCUAUGAAUCCUGGACUGCCAUUGAGCAUGGAGAAAGACGGAAGAAGAAGAGAACUGCACGGUACACCGUCGAACUUUCAAGCACACUGGGACCAAAAUGUACUCAUGUCACCGAGGUUCAGGUAUGUGUUAUUAAAAAUAGAGAUACUUGUUCAGGUGGUGGCUGAAGUGGGCCCAAAUGCUGUUGAUGGAUACACCAUCACCAAGGAUGCUGUAAACGCCGGAGUACCCUACGCCGACAGUUUCAGUGUUUUCUGUACAUAUUGCAUUACUAGGGUGGGGCCGAAGAAAAGCCGCCUAAAAGUGCACGGAGAAAUUGUCUACAGAAAAAGUGUCAUGGGUGUCUUCAAAAGUAGGUCAAAUUUUCAAAUAUUUGUUUAAUUGUACGCCCCAUUCAGGUAUCAUCGAACGGAUGACAUUAAGUGGCAUGCAUGAUUACUACAAGCAUCUGGACAAGUACCUCAGCUCAUGUGGGUCCAAGGAGGAGACUUCGAGAAAUGGAGCCGGCUCUGAUUGGAUCUCUGAGUUCCCAGAAUCCGAAAUGGACACUCAGUUGGAAUCGGAGAGUUUGCAGAGUCAAGAUCCCCCCAGCGUCGAGAUUCGGUGCGCUUCUUACCAAUAAACUGACUGCUUCCCAUUCGUUUCAGAUUACGUGCGGAAUUAGUUACGCAAAGAAAUGAGAUAAGGGCCCAGGCUGCGAGUCUUCGAGAAAUACAGAAGUCUCUUCGGCUAGUAGUUCUGCUGUAAGUGCUUGCAAGACUUUCUUUUACUCCUCGUUAAGACUGGUCUUGAUCUUCGUGUUAUGUAUUUCGAACACCUACCGGUAUAGCCAGCUCGACUUCAACAGCAUUGCCUCGGGGCAGAGUUUCACAAAACCCGAGUUAUAG